GUCGUGCUGGAAACCAGGAGGCUAGCUAGCUCUUUCCAAAAAGGCAUAUGAUAAACAGCCAGCGAGCUAGCUAGGUUUUGGUCCUAUCUAGUCACCAUCCAUCUACACCGGCGUCUCAAAUCCCCCUUUUCAGUAUAAUAUGGUGAUUUCAUCAAGCAAAAACGGACAGGUGCGGCCUAUCAGCUAAAUUCACAGGUCCAGAGGUCCAAGAUGACUGAAGAGGUGAUUGUCAUCGCCAAGUUUGACUACCUGGCUCAGCAAGACCAGGAGUUGGACAUUAAGAAGAACGAGCGGCUAUGGCUGCUGGACGACAGUAAGUCCUGGUGGAGGGUCCGCAACGCCACCAACAAGACCGGCUUCGUACCCUCCAACUACGUCGAGAGGAAGAACAGCGCCAGGAAGGCAUCCAUCGUCAAGAACCUCAAAGACACACUAGGCAUCGGGAAGGUGAAGCGGAAAACGGGAAUGCGUGACACGGCCUCGAACGCCGACGCCGACACGUGCUCCGACAACGGCGAGCGCCUUUACGACCUCAACCUGCCGGCGCUCGUCAAGUUCAGCUACACCGCCGAGCGGGAGGACGAGCUCUCAUUGGUUAAGGGUACACGCGUCAUCGUCAUGGAGAAGUGUAGCGAUGGCUGGUGGCGUGGGGGGUACCAGGGGUGUUCCGGAUGGUUUCCUUCCAACUACGUGACGGAGGACGCAGAUGGGACAGCGGGGGGAGGAGGGGGCGACAGUUUGGGGGACCCAAUAGGGUCACUGACUGAGAAGCUUGCAGCAGUGGUUCACAGUGUGUCUAACGGGAACCGGAGACUCCACACGGUGCAGGCGCUGUACCCUUUCAGCUCGGGGAACGACGAGGAGCUGAACUUUGAGAAGGGAGAGGUGAUGGAGGUGGUAGAGAAACCAGACAACGACCCUGAGUGGUGGAAGUGCCGUAAAGCAGAUGGACAGCUGGGACUAGUGCCUAAGAACUACGUCAAUGUGCUACCUCCCCAGCAGGACUCCACUACCCAGAAUGCCUCACCGGGCCCCGUGGGGCCGCCCACGCCCGACUGUGACUACAUCUCUCCGGCCACGGUGGGGAGGUUUGCUGGGAAGCCAUGGUACUAUGGCAAGGUGACGCGUCAUCAGGCAGAGGUGGCUCUCAACCAGAGAGGAGUGGAGGGAGACUUCCUCAUCAGAGACUCUGAGUCAUCGCCCAAUGAUUUCUCCAUCUCUCUGAAGGCCCAGGGGAAGAACAAGCAUUUCAAGGUUCAGCUGAAGGAUGGUUUGUACUGCAUUGGCCAGAGGAAGUUCAGUUCUCUGGAGGACUUGGUGGAUCACUACAAGAAGGCUCCCAUCUUUACCAGCGAGCAGGGAGACAAGCUCUACCUGGUUAAGGCCCUGGCUGCCUCUUAAACACACUCACACACAGUACAUACACUCAGAGACUUCACAUCACAAGGACUUCCUAUGUGCCAGGAGCUGUGUGCAAGAAGAAAGGGGAGGAGGAGAGAGAAGAAGGAGAAAGGGGAGGAGGAGAGAGAAGAAGAAGAAAGGGGAGGAGGAGAGAGAAGAAGAAGAAAGGGGAGGAGGAGAGAGAAGAAGAAGAAAGGGGAGGAGGAUAGAGAAGAAGAAGAAAGGGGAGGAGGAGAGAGAAGAAGGGGAGAGAGGAGGGAAAAGAACAUUCUGGAUUCUGUCAGACCUGUAGGUGGAUCAUGUGUUUAGGUCUUCUAGGUCAUUAUGCCAUCUACUAAAUCUAUACUGAACAAAAAUAUAAACGCAACAUGUGAAGUGUUGAUGAGCUGAAAUAAAAGAUCCCCGAAAAAUAUUCCAUACUCACAAAAUGCUUAUUUCUCUCAAUUUUGGUGUACAUGUUAGUGAGCAUUUCGUUGCCAAGAUAAUCUAUCCACCUGACAGGGGUGGCAUAUCAAGAAGCAUGGCCUUACACAGGUGCACCUUGUGCUGGGGACAAUAAAAGGUCACUCUAAAAUGUGCAGUUUUGUCAAACAACACAAUGCCACGGAUUUCUCAGUUCUAAGGGAGCGUGGCAAUGCCACAGAUGUCUCAGUUCUAAGGAGCGUGGCAAUGCCACAGAUGUCUCAGUUCUAAGGGAGCGUGGCAAUGCCACAGAUGUCUCAGUUCUAAGGGAGCGUGGCAAUGCCACAGAUGUCUCAGUUCUAAGGGAGCGUGGCAAUGCCACAGAUGUCUCAGUUCUAAGGGAGCGUGGCAAUGCCACAGAUGUCUCAGUUCUAAGGGAGCGUGGCAAUGCCACAGAUGUCUCAGUUCUAAGGGAGCGUGGCAAUGCCACAGAUGUCUCAGUUCUAAGGAGCGGGGCAAUGCCACGGAUGUCUCAGUUCUAAGGGAGCGUGGCAAUGCCACGGAUGUCUCAGUUCUAAGGGAGCGUGGCAAUGCCACGGAUGUCUCAGUUCUAAGGGAGCGGGGCAAUGCUGACUGCAGGAAUAUCCACCAGAGUCGUUGUCAGAUCGUUGCUACCAAAUCCACCUCCAAUGUAGCUUUAGAGUACGGUUAACCACACGAGCCCACAUCCGGUGUCUCCACCCAUGGCUGUGCCCCGGCCCAAUCAUGUGAAAUCCAUAGAUUAGGGCCUCAUUAAUAUUUUUCCAAUUGACUUGAUUUUCUCAUAAACUGUAACUCAGUAAAAUAUUUGAAAUUGUUGCAUGUUGCGUUUUUAAUAUUUUUUCCAGUAUACGUUUAGUUGUGAAUAAUAUAUAUAUAGUUUUAUUUUUUUAAAUGUGAUGUUUUUUUAUUCAACCCAAACAUACCCAAUAACGACCAGUCACCAGCGAGCAAUGUUUUGUAUUGGGGGGGGGGGCAAGUGAUUAAUAAUAAAGACCUAGUUAAAUAAGUAUACAUAUUUUGUAGAUUUAUCAGCUGAUGCUGCAGUCCCUUCCUCCCCCAGCAGUCCCUUCCUCCCCCAUCAGUCCCUUCCUCCCCUGCAGUCCCUUCCUCCCCCAGCAGUCCCUUCCUCCCCCAGCCUGGCUAUAAGGCCUUUUGUUGGGGAUCAAGAAUCUAGCCUAGCUAAACAUUUCAAAGCUACACUUGUAUUUUUGUCUGUUUUAAUUUUACUCUCUCAACGUUUUAAAACAUAUGUUGUGGACAGAAAAUCCACAGUCCUGCUAAUUUACUGCUGAACCUGAAUAAAACAUGUUGAAAUGA